GGAAGCUUUGGAUCUUCAACUAUUUAUCUUCCGCCCAUUUGGAAUGAAUUGUUAUUUUCCAGCAACAAGUUUGUCAUUUGCUUUUUGUUUGAAAUACAUUUGUGGGAGUCCUUGAAAUUCUUUGAAAAUGACAGGAGCUUUUGGCUUAAGGCAAAUGUGCAAAUGACUGCUAGAACCAGAUGUGGGCUUUUUAGUCCAAUGAAAAAUUUUGAAUUAGAACCAGGACUCAAGAAAGAGAGGACCAGAGAUGUCUUGGCUGUGGGCCUGUUGUAUGCAGUCACAGAAUAUAAGCGGUGGCUGAAAGGCAAAAGCUUGUAAGAAGUUACUGGACCUUUCAAAAGAAGCUCAAGCAACAGAGAAAAAUUAUUAGGAAAAGGAGAAUACGAUGAAUCUCCUGAUGCUUCUGCUGUUUGCCUUACUGCUGACAGUCCCCUGCUGUUGUGAAGGAGGGAUUAAAAUUGGCCAGGAAAAAGCAAAUACCUUUAUGAGAAGACAGAAGAGGGCUUACCCAUAUUCUGAAAGGUACUACGAAAUGUUCAAGUCCCCGAUGGAGAUGAAGCAAGAACAGUGUGAACAUUAUGCACCCUGUAACUACUACUCUGAAAUAGUGGGAUUUCCUACAGCAUAUCGCCAUUACUUUGGGAGCAUCUGAAUAUAGUCAUUUCUCAUCCAACUGGGACAUCUGCAAGGACAAAGAGUGACUGGUGCAGGGCAGCUUAAGAAAAACAAAAAUAGCAUCUUGUUUCUAUUUCACUAACAGCAGCAUAUUUGCUUUAAUGGCAAGAAAUUAGUAGGACCAACUCAGAGGUCAAAUGCUUCCGGUUCGGACCGGAUUGCCCGAUCUGCUAGUAAUUGCGGCGGGUGGUUCGGAGAACGGGUAGCAAAAAUCCCUGUGCCCCCACUCAUGCCCAGCUGAGCUGCGCGAUCAUCAGAGGCUGUUUUUUUUACUUUUAAAAGCAUUUUUUCUACAACCUCUUCAGCUGAAAAAAUGCUUUAAAAGUGAAAAAAAAAGUUUCUGAUGAUCG